UUUUCUUUCAACUUUUAUUUUUCAGACCCCCAGCUGAGCUGCGACUUCCGGCGUACGGCCAUGGUGCUGGUGCUGAAUGGCGUCCUGCAGGACGAGUGCCCCAUGGACACACACUCGCUGUUUGUGCAGCAUCCGGUUUACCGGGAAACGGCCACACAGUUCCUGUCGAUUCCGACGAAAACGGUCGGUGCUCCAGGACUUUUGUACGUUUGUCAGCGGGAACUGGCCGCGGUGGCACCACACGACAAAAAUGUCAACAUUAUCGGGUCAGACGACGCGACCACGUGCGUGAUUGUGGUGGUGCGGCAUUCAGGUUCCGGUGCGGUGGCCCUUGCCCACCUGGACGGAAAUGGCACCGACGAGGCCGUGUCCACGAUGGUUGCCCGCGUUCAGGAACUCGCCUUCGGCUAUCCGGAGGGACGCAUCGAGCUGCAGUUGAUCGGUGGCUUCAAGGACACCCAGGGUUACGCGGAGGACCUUUUUAGCAACAUUAUGCGUGAGUAUUUGUCUUAAGGUCAUGUUAUGAUU